CAGGGAGGGCGGUGGCAGCAGCGGGAUGGGUCCUCGCCGCCGGCUUCGCUGAGACUCGCGCGCGUGGGCUGCCCGCGGCGGGCCGCAGUGCCGCGGCGGCAUGAAGGGCGCCCUGGGGAGCCCUGUGGCUGCGGCCGCCGCCGGCGCCGCGAUGCAAGAGAGCUUCGGCUGCGUCGUGGCCAACCGUUUCCAUCAGCUGCUGGACGACGAGUCGGACCCGUUCGACAUCCUGCGCGAGGCCGAGCGCCGGCGCCAGCAGCAGCUGCAGCGCAGGAAGCGCGACGAGGCGGCGGCGGCGGCGGCGGCCGGUGGCCGCGGGGGCAAGAGCCCGGCCGGGGCCUCGAGUCACAGGCCCGGCGCGGGCGGCCGCAGGGAGUCGCAGAAGGAGCGCAAGAGCCUCGCUGGGGCGCCGCCGGACAGUCCCGGAGGUGGCCCGCAGCCGCCCGGCCAGAAGCGGACUCCAAGAAGAGGGGAGCCGCUGGGAUGGAACGACAGCCGGGGGACAGAGGUGACACUUGACAGAGCAGAGCGGAGGCCCUACAGGGAGUAUCGACCCUACGAGAACGAGAGGCAGGCGGACUUCACAGCCGAGAAGUUUACAGAUGAAAAACCAGUUGACAGGUUUGAUCGAGACAGACCUCCGAGAGGACGUGGAGGCCCAAGAGGGGGCAUGCGCGGCAGAGGCAGAGGCAGUUCUGGGAGCAGAGCUGUCGACACCUUUGACCCGAGAGGGAAACGAGACUUUGAAAGAUACGCCGGGAACGACAAGACAGCUCUCAGAACUGAAGACAGCACAGGUGGAGGUGGCGUUCGCACCUGGGGAUCCGGUAGAGAUACAAGUGACGCGGAGCUGACUGCCCCCAUGGAGGAGACCACGGCGAUGCAGGAGUCCCAGGGCACCCCGGAAGAGGAAUCUCCAGCCAAAGUUCCUGAGUUGGAGGUAGAAGAGGAAACUCAAGUUCAAGAGAUGACCUUAGACGAGUGGAAAAACCUUCAAGAGCAGACCAGACCGAAGCCUGAGUUCAACAUUCGGAAGCCAGAGUCGUCGGUCCCCUCCAAAGCGGUGGUCAUCCACAAGUCGCGGUACAGAGAUGAUAUGGUGAAGGCCGAGGAGGAUGAGGCUCAUGUUUUCCGGAAAGCCGCCAACGACAUCACCUCCCAGCUGGAGAUUAACUUUGGUAACCUCCCUCGUCCUGGGCGCGGAGCCAGAGGUAGCACCCGGGGAGGCCGGGGACGGAUCAGAAGGGCGGAGACCUACGGACCCAGAGCAGAAGUGGUGACACAAGACGUGGCUCCCAACCCCGACGACCCCGAGGACUUCCCUGCUCUGGCCUGAAGGAGCCGUUUCCCUGGCAACCUGGAGCAGCACCGGCGGACCUAUGCAGAGACUUUUGCUGUGGGAAGAGAGUCAGACUCUAAGAACAAUAGAUGUUGCUUUCCCGUGUCGUGUGGCUCUUGCACUUUUUGGUCUGGGUGCGGGUGGAGGCUCCGGCCCCGCUCGGCUGGCUCAGGCAGCACUUGCCCAGGUGAAGAACGCUAUUUUUGUAUUUAAGGAACGCCACACGAAGUUCAGGAACGACGUGUGAAACGUGUACAUACUGCACUCUCCAGGCAGCGGGGGGUGCACAGCUGUGCGCUGUCCUCUGCUGAGCUCUUAGUCCUGUAGGUCGACCCUGGUGUGACGGGGACAGUCACGGCCGAGCGCUCCGACUGUCCGCUUCACACGCUCUGUCCUCCUGAAACUCCCGAGUUCUGGUUUUCAUUUGACAGUGACUUUGAAACAGCUCUCAUGCAGCCCUUGGUCACCAUCUGUGACAAAGAAGUAGCACUGUUGGUCUUAAUGGUGAUUAAACUACCUCGUGGCUCCUGUGUACGUGUGCACACUCAGUACCUAGACACGUGUACAUUUAGUGGCCGGGUGGCUUUUAGGAUGAAUAUUAAGCAUAUGAUUUUAAAAAUCAUGUUCUGUAACCCACCAAUGAAAUGAUUUC